AUGGGCAACGAAGAGUCGACCAUGGUGGAUGAUUCCACCCGCCCCUCAGUGCUAGAGGGGCGCAAUAUGGAGGCAGUGGUCAAGUAUAUCAAGGAGCGUGAUGUGAAACGCAUCGUUGUUAUGGUUGGAGCAGGCAUCAGUACUUCAGCAGGCAUCCCAGAUUUCCGAUCACCAGACACCGGACUCUACGCCAAUUUAGCAUUCCUAGACUUGGAAGAGCCAGAGGAUGUUUUCGAUAUUGGUUUCUUCCGAGAUAACCCCAAGCCAUUCUACGCGCUGGCGCAUGAGCUCUAUCCCGGGCGCUAUCGCCCCACCGUUGCCCAUUCCUUCAUCAAGCUGCUCUACGAUAAGGGUCUACUGCUGAAGCACUUCACUCAGAAUAUCGACUGUCUCGAGCGCCAGGCCGGGUUACCUGGGGACAUGAUUGUCGAGGCCCAUGGCAGCUUUGCGACACAGCGCUGCAUUGAGUGCAAGACGCCGUAUCCCGAUGAGGAGAUGCAAAAGAAGGUCCAGGACGGGGAGGUGCCACACUGCACCGUACCGCAAUGUAAUGGUCUCGUCAAGCCGGACAUUGUCUUCUUUGGAGAGGCUUUGCCUCCGAGCUUCUUCGAGAGCCGCGAUCUACCAGAACAGGCCGACCUGUGUAUCGUGAUGGGCACUAGUCUAUCAGUACAGCCUUUCGCCAGUUUACCUGGAUUUUGCAGACCGGGUGUUCCGCGAGUGCUGAUCAACAUGCAGCGAGUUGGGGGGCUUGGGUCCCGUCCGGACGAUGUGCUCAUCCUUGGAGACUGUGAUGCAGGAGUGCGCAAGUUUGCAAAAGCCAUGGGAUGGGAAGAGGAACUUGAGGCUCUCUGGGAAGAGACGAAUCCCGACCCCAAGGCGCGCGAAGCCGAGAACGAGCCGGUGCCAUCUCGGGACGAGCGGCUCCGACAAGAAGUUGACCGGCUGGCGGAAGAUGUCGAGCGCACAUUAAACAUGACGGAUGCGUAUCAGCAGCUUGUGCGGGAGAAAUUGGGCGAGCCGAGCGAAUCUACUGCGAUAAAAGCGGACUCGAAAGAAGGAGAAGUGUCACAAGAAGGAUUGAAUCAUGUGUUCCCGCACUUGGCGCGCAAAUCGCGUUAG